GUUACCGGCAGCGGUAGUUUUAAACUCCGUAUGUAAAUAUUUGAUAAAGUAGGAGCUGAAUCCGCAGAAGAAGAAGGAAGCAGAUUAGUAAUAAUUGAAAUGAUCCAGUAUUGCUUCUCUCCGGAUGAGCCAGUGAAAGAAAGAUUUCAAAACUGUUAAAAGAGAGAGAGAGAAAACAGAGAACCAUCGGUCGACGCAUCAUUAUGGGACUUACCACACACCCCUGCCUUCUGUGUUGCCAAAUGGUGUCAAGAGCACAGGAUCUCCAUUUGUUGUUUGGGAAUUCCUUAUUUAUUCCACACUGAGCAGGCAUAUUUCUUUGCUGGGAUUUAAACAUGAACAAAAGCAUGGUUUCAAACGAAUCAUGUACCAAUACCACCUGCAAUGACACUCUCAUGGUGAAUGAAGAUGGCAAGCCAGUGACAAGCAUCAUCAUGUUUUUGUCUGCCGUGGUGGGAAACCUGCUGGCUCUCUUCAUCCUCGGGGUGCACCAGAAGGAGCACCGCUCCAGGUCUUCUGUCUUCUGCAUCCUGGUUACCGGCCUGGCCCUCACCGACCUGCUGGGCACCUGCCUCCUCAGCCCACCUGUGUUCAUCUGCUACGCCCGCAACAUGUCCCUGAUAAGUAUGGGCGGUGCGAGCCUGUGCAAGCUCUUUGGCUUUGCCAUGAGUUUCUUCGGCCUGGCGCCCACGCUCAUCCUGUGUGCAAUGGCCGUGGAGCGCUGCCUGGCCAUCAGCCACCCUUACUUUUACUCAGUACACAUCCGCCACAGGUUUGCCAAAUUCACUCUUUUCUUUAUUUACCUCUUUUCUUUGGCCUUCUGUCUGCUGCCAUUCAGCGGCUACGGCAAAUUCAGACAGUACUGUCCUGGGACGUGGUGCUUUAUCGACAUGGAUGCAACAGGGGAUGACCAGGCCAGCUUGGUGCUGGCCUUCUCUCUGUCCUACUCCUCACUCAUGGCACUGCUGAUCUUUGCUGUGUUUGUGUGCAACGGCUCAGUGAUUGUCAGCCUGGUUCAGAUGCACCGGAGUCAGAUGAUGCGGCGCGGCUCGGUCGGGUCGACGGGGAGGAGGAGGAGGCUGAGCCUGGCCUGGUUCGCACAGGGAGAAGAGGAGGUGGACCACCUGGUGCUGCUGGCGCUCAUCACCGUCAUCUUUGUGGUCUGCUCGCUGCCACUCACUAUUGCAGGCUUUAUCAACGCCAUUCAUCCUUUUUGUGGCGAUACGGAGAACCUGACAGCCUUCCGCUUCUACGCACUGAACCCCAUUGUGGAUCCCUGGGUCUUCAUCAUCUGCCGCAAGUCCGUGUUUCAACACCUUUGCUCUCUGUUGACCUGCCGCUUCAGCAGAAAAGCUGUGAAGACGACGGCACACUGCGCACUGUCUUUACCCCUUGACAAUCACAUACAGCGCAACCCCCCAGACGUGUCUGUUUCACAGACAAACAUGUACUCCAGUAUACCUCUGUGACCCAACAGAGCCCCUUUGUAGGGUCGGGUGACUGGAAGCUAGGAGGAUUCCAUAUCUGAUAAAAACCUUUGUGGUAUUAUAUUUUAACAUUUGCAUACAGGAUUCCUGCACUCACCAUUUUUAAGCACAAAGACUUUGUCAAAAAUGUUGGGAAAAAACAAUUGCACUAGGUCUUAAACUUCAAAAAACUUCCAUUAAACUAUUUCAAAGUUGCAGGAAGACUUGUGCCAUAAAACAAACAGCACUGUAACUUAUUAUUAAGGAACACAUCAAAUUAUAUCAUGACAAUGAAAAAUAUACUGUAUAAUAAGAAUAUGUGCACUCGGGUAAAAGCUAUUUGGUGUAAACAAUAUGCAUGUGUUUACUCUCUUCUUUUUAUCUCAGCCUUUUCUUUCAAACACAUCCAGGUAACUCUACAAAUGGAUGGACCACAGCUACAGAUCUAUGAUGUCCUGCAGGUUGCACUAAACAUGAAGAUGGCGGUUUAUUUCCAUGUCAUCGCUAAUUUACAUGUUAAUCCAUUUCCCCCGACCACAACUGUAAUGUAUCUGUCAUCAGUGACAGGUUAAGUGUGAUCCAAAAGAGAGAGAGACCUAAUUUAUUCAAGUGAGGAGACGUUGCCAUUUGGUUUCCGAGGCCAGGUGCCAUAUAAAUAUGGAUACAAACCAUUAGCAGACUUUAAUCUUGGGUAUCAUGUCACAAGAGUAAAAUGCUACAGUAAUGCUAAUGGUUUUUAAGGGUUCACUUUGGCAUAUAUGUCCUUUGAGCUUAAUGCAUGUUGAUGUUUAGCAGGUAUCAUGCUCAACAUCUUGUAGCAUGUUUCCUUGUUAGCAUUAGAUAAUUUGAACAACACACAAAGUACAGCUUGGGUUGAUGGGAAUGUCAUCACAUUUGCGGGUAUUUUGUCAUAAACCAAAGUAUUGAGUGUGGUUCAUGAGUAUUUGUUUAGUACCUUUUAAACAAACUUCGACCCACAUGCACACCAUCCUCUCUUUUCCCCGGCACUAAUGCAACUAUAUCACUUAUUAUCAUAUAAAUUAAGUCUAAAUCUGAAAAUGAGUCAGUUCCUUACAAAUGUAUGUUAUAUCUUUAGUGAGAGUCACUAAUGGUUGUAAAAAUUCAAACUGAAAAUGUAAAAAAUACAACUAUAGUACAGUCUAUUUACAUGUUAUUUUAUCGAAACAUAUUUUUCAACAAACUGUUUCAUCAAAAGUCUGUCAUCACUGAAAAUGUGAAUAAUUCAGUCUUCCCUGACUAUAGCCUGCAUAUAUAGUACAUACUAUAGUCUGUGUUCCACCUGUGUGACAUUGUACCUGUGAUGGUUUUGGAAAUGUGUCUUGCUCCUACCAGAGAGUACUCUGAAUCACAGUGCAGCAGCACCUGCACAGACAGCUAGUACUCUGAAUAUGAACAUGUGGUAUAUGUAUUAAUAUUACAGAAUCAUACAUUUCCGUUUUUUGUGAGGACCCAUUAUACAAAAAUAAUCAAAUGACCCUAUCAUUCCUAAAAUGCAAUGUAUUCAAAGUAAAGAUGCUAAAAUCUGCCCAUUUUUGAAGUUUAACUCCAAACUUCUGUCAAGAAAUCAGAUUGGUUUAUAGAAUAAAAUAAAAGCCUGGACAAAAUGUUAGUCUAUUCCAAACCACACCUGAGAGCUGAGUUACAAGGGUUAAGAAGGCCACUUUAGUAUCGAACUAUGAAUAAUUGCUCCUUCGCUAAAACCAGCCAUCUGUUUCUAGUCUGUCAAGCUGUCAGAGCUACGAUGGAGCCCACACUGUCACUAACUGCACUCCCUGAAUAAAUCUUAUAUAUUUUUUGGAAAAAGAAAAAGAGAUUUCACUGAAAAUCAGAAAUGUCUACAUUAUGGGUUUGAAGGUUAUAUCCAGGAUGCCAAACUGGUUCAGCAGCUGAAGACCGGUUAAAAAGAUAAAGAUAGAAGCUAAAACCUUUCCAGCUGAUAAUGUCACUUUAUUGCAUGAACUCUGCUUCCCUCCUUAUCAUUCUCAGUGAUUUACAAACUACCUAUGAUGCUUGUCUGUGAAUGUCAAACUCUGCUGCAAAAUAAAAAGCUCUGUGAAAUUUAGUUUAGGUUGUUGUGACUUUAACUGCAUUUUAAAUGGAGUGUAUUUAUGCCUUUUCACCAUGUUCAAUGGUGUGUGUCCUUACAGUUGUGCUGGUUUGGUUUUCUGCAGUGAAUUGCAGAGAUGGUAAUUUGAGUUACUUUAUGUUUUAUUUUUAUUUUUUGGCUGUGUUGCACAUAAACUUUUUGCUGUAUAAUCUUUAAAUACUCAGGCAUGCAUGACCCGAGGCAAGACAGACACGUUGCGUUGUACAUUCAUCGAAAUGAAUGAAAAAAUACAUAAAAGAAAGAAGAUAUUCUUCAUUAUAUGGUACACAUUUUGUUCAUGUUAAAUAAAAUAUUGAUAUAAGAAGAUAAAAACACACAACAUAUGUCUGUGUAUGUUCCCAAUGAGAAAUGUUUAUGCUGAUUUUAGAUGUUUAACAAUCCUACUGUUCUUUUUCUCAGUCCUAGUUUUUUGACUGCCAUGCCUGUGCAUGUUUACUCUGCGUUUACAGUAUAUGAAAUGGAUGUAGUGAACAGAUAAACAGAAGAAGAUUGUGUAUAAGUGUAGACAAUCAUUUGUUUUUGUCUUGUUACGACCCUUAACAUCAACUA